AUGCUACAACAAUCCUACUAUCGUUUACCACUUUUUCUUCUCUUAUUCAUAGUUACUUCCUUGUUUCUUUCAGUAACAAAUUUAACUUUGGUGGAUGGCUUAAAUUGCGGGGAACAAAGUUUCUCUGCGUCAAGCGCUGAUCUUGGCUUCUUACAUAUCAUUCAGAGGAUUGCUAUUUUGGGUCCAUCAUCGUUAUUUUAUGUAUAUAUUGAUAUUAGUGAUGAUCAUACUGCCAAAAUUCAGCUACGCACUCCUAACGGAUCGCCUUUGAUCUUAUAUUCGUCACUGUCGGCUACGGCUUCGGAAUGGCAGACAUUGGAUGUGCUUACAAAAAGAAUUUAUGUUGCGCCUGUAUAUAGUUCUGAUACUGAUAUCAUUCCAACUGUUGUGAUUACUGCCUGCAAGUAUUCAACGCCGAUAUCUUAUUUCAAUGAUAAUAUGUAUUCCGUUGACACUCAUAAAGCUGGUAUUGUUUCUACGUAUGAAAAUAAUCUGAUUGUUGUGUUUCGUACAUUUGAAAAUGGAAUAUUUGUAUUUUCAAUGAUGGAACAAGGAGAUUUACUUAUUGCUCAAAUUGUUCACGGCAAAAUUUUUAUUAUUUUUGAUUUUGGUUCAUUUACUCAAACAACAAUCUCUGGAGGAACAGCAUUGAACGAUGGUGAAUGGCAUGAAAUCCGUUGGAUACAUCAAUUUGAUUCCGUGCAGUUAUAUGUGGACGGCGUCAUCAUGAAUACUACUGUCCCGUCCGGUUUGUAUAGGAAAUUAGAUUUCGAUGCAAAAAUUCAUGUUGCUGGACGACCAACAGAUGAUAUCAUUACUGGAAUUGAGUCGAGCUAUCAUGGAUGUUUUGCACGAGUUAUGCUCAACAAUAUUGACCUCUUGGCUGAAACACCUAGAUCAUUACGCAAAGAUUGCCAAAUGCCGAAAUCACAACCGAUGACCAUUAUGACUGGAGGCUAUGCGUUAAUACCGUUUUCGUUUUUACCAUUUUCAAUAGAAUUUCGCAUUUUGCCUCAGUCAAGCUCGAUAUUAUUAUUAACCGAUGCCAAAAAUAAAUCUCUUGCGCAGAUAUCAUUCAAUAGAAAAGGCUUAUUGGUUUUAACAUUAUUUGCUAAUAUGUCUGAAGUUGAGCAACUACCGCAUUCAGGCAAAGUAGUCAAUGAUGGCAGUUGGCAUUCUCUGUCACUGAUGAUUUGGGGAGCACGAUUACAUGUUGACGUUGACAGUUACACCAUAUUUUUGUUAGAAGGAAAUGUAGUACGAAAUUUGGCUAAACAGCUUACCAAUUUUCAUUUAUCUGCGAUUGGAUGCUACAGAUCGGCUACUGUAGCUUUCAAGUCAUCAAACGUAAUUGGCAAUGUUACAUUGGAUGCCUGUCAUUUUCAAGAAAGAUGUCUCCCAAAUCCUUGCGAGAACCAUGCCAUUUGUGAACAGAUAUCUCUCAAUGAUUUCCACUGUAAGUGCCGUGGUAGUUACUAUGGGAAAAAAUGUCACGCAACACAAAUGUAUCAUUCCUGCGAAGAAUUCUUUGUGAAGAAUCCGCACAUUAAAACUAAGAAUGUUACAAUUGAUUUGGAUGGUGGAAAUCCACUGGAGCCAUUUAUGGUACAGUGUGAACAAAAUUUUAAGGAUUACGGUGACACCAAAAUUAUCUCGAAAAUAUUUCACCAAUUUGGAAAUAAUGAUAUAGCGAUUACUGGAGAUAAUGAACCGGGUUCCAUUAAAAGAUCAUUUGAUUAUGGUAUUACCAUUGAUCAGUUAAAUCAUUUUAUCGAUGGAUUUGAAACUUGUGUGCAGUAUAUGCGUUACGAAUGUCGUGGAGGUGCGAAAUUGAUGAGUUACGGUGUGGAACGAAGGCCAUCAUCUUGGUAUAGUACACGAAAUGGUCAGCAUGCAAUGCAGUGGGGUGAUGCACUACCUUAUUCAAGGAUGUGUCAAUGUGCAUCUAAUUCAUCUUGCAUAGACAACAGAAUGUGCAAUUGUGAUAGCGGCGAAGAUAGUGUUGAUGAAGGCUACAAUCCUCACAUGCAGUUACUACCAGUGAUGAAUUUAUAUCUUGGAGGCACAACAGAUACAUCUUCAAUAAAUGUUUUUAUUGGCCCUCUUAUUUGUAGCCAACGUCAUGUGUUCAAUGGAAUAACAUUUCUGAAUCGAAAUGCUCGUUUGGCUGGUUCACAGGCUUUGUUUGGUUCAGUGAUGGAUCUCGAGUUCCAGAUACGUAUGUCACAUGCUCGAAUGACAAUUUUUAUUUGGGAAUCGUUGAAUGGACAACGUUGGUAUCAACUUGAUGUUGGAGAUGGACAUCUCGUAGGGCAAGUUGUAAGUGGAAGCAAGGCUUUUGAAAUCAAGUCAAAAAUGCGUGUAAAUGAUAACAGAUGGCAUAGAGUGUACUGGGAAGUGAACAUAAAUGGGAUGAUGUUGAACGUUGAUAACGAAAGCAAUUCAGUGGAUGUUUAUGUUGUACCGCCGGAUGUCUACACUUGGGUUAUAGGAUCACGAACAGAACGUGGUUUGUCAGGUUUUGCUGGUCAGAUUCGAAAUAUGUACUUGCGUGGUAAUGAAAUUUUGUUACGUACAUUGGUCAGAAAGCAAGGACGAGGCAUGAGGGGUAUCGAACUUGGUGAAAAAGGCACAUGCAAGCUUGAUGAUUGCUUAAAUCAUGGUCAGUGUAUUGAAUUUUAUGACAGUCACAAAUGCAAUUGUAACAAUACUCCGUUCAUUGGUCAAAGAUGUGACCAAGAUGUUGGUAUAUUUGUGCCGAAAGGUUCUGAACUAAUGAUUCCAUGGCAGCAUCCAGCUCAAAUAUCAUCUUGUUUCCGGAUAGCCGUACAAUCAUUUUCCUCUAAUUAUUCACUGAUAAGAGCAAAGGCACUGUUCGCAGACUGUCAAUUUAACUUGACAAUCAAUCAGAAAGGUUAUCUUGAAUUAUCAGUUUUCGAUGGCUUUUUCUUUCAUUAUAAAGCGGCAGAUACUAUACAUAAAUUUGACGAUAAUGAACUCACUGAUGUCAAUUUUUGUGCCGAAAACAAUGAAUUUACACUUCAGAUUAACGAUGAAGUUGUUUUUCAUUUAACUGGUAAUUGGUCAUUCUUUGUACAAUUCAAUGUUUGGAAAUUCGUUGAUAAAAAUUUUACGGGCUGCUUGAUGAGGCUAAAAGUUGGCGUUGCUUUUCCUCUGAAGGAUCCAUCAUCAUCACGUUUUUUGUACAGAGGUGGCGUACGAUUCGAAGGCUGUUCGUAUAACUAUAUGUUUUUUAAUCAAGUGCUGGAACAGGAAGGAAAAUCACUAUUGUAUAACACUCACAUCAAUGCUAUCACUGAACCUCGCAUUUCUUCGCUAACUUUAGCGCUAAUAAUUGGUGCAGUUACGGGUUGCUUUUUCUUUCUACUUAUCCUUACUGUUGUGAUAUGUUGGAUUCGAAAUCAGCCCGAUGGUGUGUAUAAAACGAACGAAGAUAUUUUAGCAUAUUGCAGUCCGAAUCGUCCCGAAGAUCCGCUUGUUGCAAUUAACUAUGUUAAUAGAGAGUACUUUUGUUGA